CUCCCGGCCUGCCCCGCGCAUAAACAGACAUGGCCGGCGAGGGGGAGCCGCAGGACGCUGCGCACGACAUGGGCAACCACCUGCCGCUGCUGCCCGCGGAGAGUGAGGAAGAAGAUGAAAUUGAAAUGGAAAUCGAAGACCAGGAUAGCAAAGACGACAGGAGACCGAACAUCAUAAAUUUUAACCCCAGUCUGCCAACAGCACAUGCAUACCUGGGCGCUGACAUGGAGGAGUUCCACGGGCGGACCCUGCACGAUGACGACAGCUGCCAGGUGAUCCCCGUGCUCCCGCAGGUGGUCAUGAUCCUCAUCCCCGGCCAGACACUGCCGCUGCAGCUCUUCAGCCCACAGGAGGUGAGCAUGGUGCGGAACCUGAUCCAGAAGGACCGGACCUUCGCCGUGCUCGCCUACAGCAAUGCCCAGGAGAGAGAGGCGCAGUUUGGCACCACAGCGGAGAUCUAUGCCUACCGUGAGGAGCAGGAUUUUGGGAUUGAGAUAGUGAAAGUGAAAGCCGUCGGGAGACAGAGGUUCAAAGUCCUGGAGCUCAGGACCCAGUCGGACGGAAUCCAGCAAGCUAAAGUGCAAAUUCUUCCUGAGUGCGUAUUGCCGUCAACCAUGUCUGCAUUUCAGUUAGAGUCCCUCAGUAAGUGCCAGAUAUUUCCUUCAAAACCGCUCUCAUGGGAAGACCAGUAUUCAUAUAAAUGGUGGCAGAAAUACCAGAAGAGAAAGUUUCGUUGUGCAAAUUUGACACAGUGGCCUCGCUGGCUGUAUUCCUUGUAUGACGCGGAAACCUUAAUGGAUAGAAUCAAGAAGCAGUUACACGAGUGGGAUGAAAAUCUGAAAGAUGAGUCGCUUCCUUCAAAUCCAAUAGAUUUCUCUUACAGAGUAGCGGCCUGUCUUCCUAUCGACGAUGUGCUGAGAAUUCAGCUUCUUAAGAUCGGGAGCGCCAUCCAGCGGCUGCGCUGCGAGCUGGACAUCAUGAACAAGUGCACAUCUCUUUGCUGUAAACAGUGUCAAGAAACAGAAAUAACCACCAAAAAUGAAAUAUUCAGCUUAUCCUUGUGUGGGCCGAUGGCGGCCUACGUGAACCCUCACGGCUACGUGCAUGAGACACUCACCGUGUACAAGGCCUGCAACCUGAACCUCAUUGGCCGCCCGUCCACGGAGCACAGCUGGUUUCCAGGGUACGCCUGGACCAUCGCCCAGUGUCGCAUCUGCGCCAGCCACAUUGGAUGGAAGUUCACAGCCACCAAGAAAGACAUGUCGCCGCAGAAGUUUUGGGGUUUGACUCGAUCUGCUCUGCUGCCCACGAUUCCAGACACGGACGCCAAAGAUGAGAUCAGCCCCGACAAAGUGACACUUUGCUUAUAAACAGAGAAGGUAGGGAGGACGUUGCUGAGGAGGGAUGUUUUCUAAGGCCAGGCCUGGAAACAGCUGAAGAGUUCAAUUAAGCCCCCUAAAAGCAGUCUCGUGGCUUCCUGGCAGCACUGUGUUGUGGGGUCUCACUCUAAGUCAGAGCAGUCUCCUACGCAGUGGCCAGAUGCAGAGCAGAUCUGACGCACGCUCCAAAGGCGAAGGUGUCGGGCAGGCACGCAGCCCUUGACAAAGGCAAGCAGUGUACAUUUUUGUAAAGGGGCUUUGUUCUUUAGUUCUCUGAAAUACCGAUUGUAAAUUUUGAAAAUACUAGAAUUAAAAUAUGUGGCUUGAGCCCCAUAAUAUAGUUUUCAUUUCCUAAGGUGUCUGUGAGUGAAGAAGUAUUUUGUGUAUUUGCUCAGUGUCGGACUCCCCCGGUCCUUCUGUCGCAGUCUGAUAAUGUGAUGCAGACGCUAGAUUAGGCCCUCUCCACACAGGCUAGAGGCGACUCUGUAUUUUGUAGGCUACUUUAUUCAUUCCUUGUUCAAAUAGUGUGAACUACUCAUAAGCAGAUAAUAAUACACAAGUACGAAGUGAUUCUUACGAGACUGGUUGCCACCUACCUCUGCUCCCACGUAGGUUGGAAGGGUUGGGGCCUGUCCUCUGUGUGACAACUUUGGUUCUGUACCCCUCCACUCACAGAAUCAUUGGGACUGACCAGGUCCAACAGACUGUCAGAUCGUCAAGCUCUGUCUCUUGCUAAACAGAAAGGUUUUACUAUCCUCUACUAAGACACAGGAUGACUAUCAUGUUACUCAUUUAUAGAUGAGUGAAUGAAAGGAACGCAAUGAUGUCUGUUGUAAGGACUGAUGACGGACGUCCUGGGGUUGUCGCCCCACUCUCUGGAGUCCAACGUUCCUGUUUGGGAGGCUGGGUGACAUGUGGCCUGAGCCCGCCAGUCACCUCCCAAAGAGGGGCGUCCUGCUCCCGACAGUGGGACCCCGUGGGCAGCCCGAGCUGUCUCCCAGUGGCAGUGAGGGACGGUCCCUUUGACAUCGCCCCUCCCCGUGUGAUCACAGAAUGUUCUAUAUUGUUUACUGACAAUUGCAAAUAAAAUUUUCUGCUGUGUACUAGCA